GCCAGCCUCCAGUCCCCGCAGUGCCGAAGCAGAACAUGGACGUCACCAUCCAGCACCCCUGGUUCAAGCGUGCACUGGGACCCUUCUACCCCAGCCGGCUGUUCGACCAGUUCUUUGGUGAGGGCCUCUUCGAGUAUGACCUGUUGCCCUUCCUGUCUUCCACCAUCAGCCCCUACUACCGCCAGUCCCUCUUCCGCACAGUGCUGGACUCUGGCAUCUCCGAGGUCCGAUCCGACAGGGACAAGUUCGUCAUCCUCCUGGAUGUGAAGCACUUCUCUCCCGAGGACCUGACGGUGAAGGUGCUGGAGGACUUCGUGGAGAUCCACGGCAAGCACAACGAGCGGCAGGAUGACCAUGGCUACAUUUCCCGGGAGUUCCACCGCCGCUACCGCCUGCCCUCCAACGUGGACCAGUCGGCCCUGUCCUGCUCCCUGUCUGCAGACGGCAUGCUGACGUUCUCAGGCCCCAAGGUCCAGUCUGGCCUGGACGCUGGCCACAGCGAGAGAGCCAUUCCCGUGUCGCGGGAGGAGAAGCCCAGCUCGGCACCCUCGUCCUAAGCAGGCCUCGGCCUCGGCUGCCCCCCUCGGCCCCUGACCCCUCCAGCGGGGGGACCACAGAAAAGGCCUCUGCCUUCCCUUCCUUUCCUUUCCUUCAUCCCUAGUCUUCUCAGAGGAAUGAGGUUUUGAGAGAGUGGCCGGGAG